CAGGGGAGGUCUGCUGUUUCUUGGAUGUUUUCUGGGAAAGAACAUGGGAUUUGGGAAAACCCUCUGCAGUUUAUAAAAAGGACAAUGGAUCCCACUAGUUCUUCACUUUUCACUUUCACUUCACAGCCUCUUGACUCCUCACCUCCCCAUCUUCUCACCUCUCGCUAAUUACAUUCACGAUGGCCUUCGCACCAAAAGCCUGCAGUCUUUUCCUGGUGGUUUUGCUGGGAGUUUGUAUACAGCUCAACAGAGCUCAACACGUUCCAGGGGCCAGAUGCAAAUGCCCAGGAACCAUUAUGCACACUCAGGAAAUCAUUGGUGACUUUGAAAUCAUUGAAAAGACCCACUACUGUGACACUACUGAAAUCAUUGUUACACUGGCAGAAGAUGGAGCCAGAAGGUGCCUGAACCCUGUUGGAAGAAAGGCCAAGUUUUUCGUCAACUGCUGGAACAGAAUAAACAAGGACGACAAGCAAAAGAGGAGGUGUCUUAAGAGAAGAGCAGAGUGAACGUAACGGAGGAGGGGAGAAGGGGCAUGGAAAACCCAACAGCUGGAUUUUCCCUGAAGUCAUGUGACCAAUCACACACAAGAAGAAUGUUGGGGGCUGACAUUGCACUUUAGAGAGAGAGAGAGAGAGA